AUGCGUAGUGCGACACGGAGCAGCAUCAUGGACAGCAGAGACUACGACAUGGUGCGAAUACAGACUCUGCUCUUCUUCUUUGAGCAUUUGAUGAGUAAAGGAGAAUCUCGAACCUUGCACGACCUGAGUUGUCAGUUUGGCACUAAGGGCUUCACCAAAGAAAUGCGUCAAAUUGCCGGGGGCUCUCAAGCUGGACUCAAAAAGUUCCUCCUCCAGCACCCGUCGCUCUUCACAGUCAACGAUGAUACGGUGUUCAUCACCUCAUACAUGAACAGUGCUAAAACAUCCCCCGAGGCAUCUGUACUUGGCAUCAGACGAGAUUAUGCGAAGGAAGCUGUGGCUUACUUCAGUGACAAGUUGAAACAGUACGGGGCUGGGACUGAAGUGCCCAUCAGGAGUCUGCUUGGCCACAGAUCCCAGGCUCCACCAGAAGUCCGUCACGUUUCCGGCCAACACAUUCGAGAGUUCAAGGAUUUCCUCUCCAAAUACGAGGACUCUUUUGAAGUUACUGAAGAAACCGUGAUGCUCAAGAACCACGAUGGAAAGGUUUCUCAGCUGACGUUGCCUGAAGACAUCAAAAUUGAUCCGAAUGUGACGAAGGAAAUUCUUUCUGUGUUGAAGCAGUCUUUGGAAUCCCGAGGGCCUUUGAUAGUGGACCAGCUUUUUGCAGCCUUGGAAGCCGUGUUGUCUCGCAACUUGUGGGCUGCCUUUUUCAAAGGUGCUUCCGACUUGUCCACAUUCUUAAAGAUGCAUUCAGACAUUUUCCAUGUGCAGUCACAUCUUGUUGCCCUGGUGAAGCCCAGUGAGGAGAAAAUCAAACUCAAUCUGAAACCAAAAUCUUCCUCUUUGAUGCCCCCAGCAUCAAAGCAAGUCUUGCCAACUAGUCAACAGUCCGUGAAACAACGCGUGAACUCAGUAUUGCUAAAAACUUUGUCAGAGAAUGCUGGAAAGUAUCGCCCUCAAAUAUCUCCAAAUGCCAUUGUCUGUGAUUCUGAUGACCCAUCUGUGAUGAAAUUGCUUCACUCAUUGAGGCUGAUUGCAAAUGUGAAGGAAUGCAAGGCUCUCUUGGAAGAUCUGACAUCACGUCCAAAGCGCAUUUAUGGAGUAGACAGUGAAGGUGUGAACUUGGGCCCAAAUGGCCCCAUGACACUGCUCAUGAUAUCUUCCAUGGAAGGUGAAGUCUUUGCCUUUGAUGUCAUGGUUUGUAGAGAUCUCGUGACAGAAGGUGGUCUCCAGCAGUUCCUUGAGGAUGAGAGUAUCAUCAAGGUUAUGCAUGACUGUCGAAAUGACAGUGCAGCUUUUAGCUCACAGUUUGGCAUCCGACUCAGGAAUGUGUUUGACACUCAGUCAGCACAUGCUGUUUUGCAUCACAAGCAAACAGGCAGACCUGUCUACAAAGUAAAAAGCUUGGGAUUGUCAACAUUGUGUCAGCUCUACAAUGCCCCAGGGAAUCCAAAAAAGGAUCAAAUGAAAUCCAUUUACAAGAAAGAUCAGCGUUACUGGGCCAGACGGCCAUUGACUGAUGACAUGCUGGCCUAUGCUGCAUUUGAUGUCAUUCCCUUGGUCCCAUUUAUUUAUGAGAAAAUGACAAGUUUACUGAGCUGUGAUUACAUUCCACUUUUGGAGGAACUGUGUGAGGAGCAGAUUGAGCAUUUCAUUCGGAGAGAUGAUGUCAGACUCAAAAAGAAAAGCAGGAAAGCUGAAGUUGAGAUUCAGGAAUUGAAGGGGAAAAUUGCUGCAGUUCCAACUGGAAAAACACUUGUACUCUCAAAUAGAGAGAUUCGUUUGCUGAGAUACAUGGAUUUGACGGAUGAGGAAAAAGAAAAGCUUGAAGGGUCACAAAAGGUUCUGAAGAAGCUGGAGCGACUUCAAAAUAAAGGGGAAAAUUGCAAUGAAGCUGCUUCAGACCUCUGUGAUCAGUUCAACCAAGGGGUUGACAGUCAUCACAAUUCAAGCAACUUCAAUGGUGUUUUGGGCACACCAUACAAUGGUCCAGAUGCUGAGUACCCAUCCCUUGAUUCAGCCUUCACCAAUAGCACAACUUCACCAGAAUCAUCAUUGACAAGCUCCAUUGGUGGUGUUGUGUCUCCACAAGAUGGAGAGCUGCCCUGUUUGACAACAUCCAUGCAAAUGGUUGACAAGUUGCUUGCAAAUGGGAAGAUGGAUCAGAUGGAGCAGAUUGAAGCCAUAUGGACUGCUGCAACUGCCACUUCUUGUGAAUCCUCCAAUGUAGGAAAAAUUUGUGAUGUGCAAACUCAGACUGAAGCCUAUGUGAGCCCCUCCAUGUUGUGGUCAAAAGCUUCUACUACAAACUCAGUGCAUGUGAAAGUUGAGCGUGCCUGUCAAACCUUGUCUACUGGUGAAAUUGUCAUCACAAAGGUACAUUUUCCUGGAAAGGUAGAUCUUCAAUCCCUGGACAAUGGGGAUGCAGACAGUCCUGUUUUGGCAGAUGCUUUGUGAAGUAGAGCAAAUUUCUUUUGUUUUUUAGGCGCUGGGAAAAAUAUGAAUUACCCCAUAGAUACACAAAUAAUGUGACCAUCUUACAAAUCAACAGAAUUUAGCAGUCCAAUAGCUUUUUUACUGGGAUGGAUCACAAUUUGAUGGCAUAAUCCUUGCAAUGUGUAAUUUCUUUCUAGUGUGAUAUGAUAAUUGGACCACAUAUCUUGGUUCAAUCAAAUCCAUUGGGAUUUCUGUUGAAACUGAAUGCUUGUGAUAUUUGGGAGGCUCAGUGCAUUAUCCAGGGAAUCCAGUGCUGCUUUGAAGAAAUCAGUGCAGCUGUUAUGUAUAUAGGAUCAAGUGGCUUAGAUUCCAACCUAUUUUUCUAGUGCUGAGAAUUCAAAUUCACCAUCCUGAAUGAGCUCCGUCCAAACAUUGAUAGGAACUUCCAAGUAUUGUAAUGAAAUUCAGUACUGUUGGUGAUACAGUGCCCAGUUUUUACAUCAGUUCAUGCAAAUAUUCUGGAUAAUGAUAUGAGUUAUUUCUAAAAUUCUUAAAGCCAUAGAAAAGGAAAAAGCCUCCUGAAAGCAUUACAUUUUUUUCAGAAUUUUGAUCUGCUAGUUUGUGUCAUAAUAUUGGCAGGAAAUCAGUCCUGAUUUGAGCUUUCAUACAAAUUCAGUAUGUAUUGUCUUGGCCAUCUCAACAAGUAGGUUGUAUUUUGUUUUCUUACAAUGCACCAAAGUUGAUUUCAGAUAAAUUGGUAUUGCUGAAGGGCAGUCCAAGUGAAAGGUUGUUCUAUUAUUGAUGAGAAUAGUGGAACUACAAUGUUCAUUUUGUGUGUGGUUUACUACAUUGAGCCACAUGAGGUCACAAGCUAAAAUCUCUGGGAAAAUUGUAAAAGAUAUCAGCAAAAUGAAUGAAUGAAGCUGUGGGAGCUGCUUUCUUUGAGAUUUCAAAGAGACAUACAGUAUUUGCAUCUUUUGAACUGUACAUCAUUAAACAUUUGUUCUGAUUCAAUUCAGCAUUUGGUAUAUCUGAAAGAUAUAUUUUUUUGUACUGGAAUACUGUAGAUCCCCCCUAAAGACAGGCUUAUAUUGAUGCAUUUAUUGGGGCAUAUAUCUGCAUGUUUAAGGGGUAUUCUGCAUAGUGGGGAGAGAAAUCUGUAUCAAAUUUUCUGACCUGGGUUUAAUUGUAUAAAAGGUUUGAAUGCUGAGGAGCAGGAGCCAUAAUGAUUCAUUUUGAUCCCUUCUUUCAUGUGCCAAAUUGAAUUAUUAAAUCUAUCAUUGCCCGUAUUAGAAAACUUCAUUGAUGUCAUAAGACAGUGGAAUCACAAUUAUUGACAAGAUAUUGAGUUGGGUUUAUUCCAUGUAUACGUCAUUUGAAAGAUUGGUACAAAAUGAUAAUUUUGUAGAUGGAAAAUAAUGUAGGUUACAGCUGUUCCAUUAUCUAGCCAAUGCAAUUGAGAAAGAAAUUCACAAUUUUUCAGUAUUGAUGGAUCUCAGAAAAAUGCAAAAAACUAUUUGGAUAUGCAAAAAUUUUUUAAAGGAAGUUACAAUUUCCUUGCAAGAAGCAGAAGACAUCAUUAGUUUUUCUUUGUGAUGCCAUGUAUGCGCUAUAAUUUAGCUGAAGUUGAAUUAUCUCAAGAACUUGCAAGAAAACUGUGUUUUUCCAAUUCAGCAAAAUUACCAAUCUGACAAUUUUGUUGAUUUGAGAAUGAAUAGGAAUUACUUCAGAGGUUUGGAAAAAAUGUUGUGUAUGAAAACGAAAUGAGAAGUUUAACACUGUUCAAGUACAAUAGUUUGUGGUCUGUCAUUGUUUAUUGGUUACUCAAGUGUUUGACCUUUAAUUCCAAAGUUUUCAUAUUCAUCUUAAACUGAAAUAAAUGAACUAUUUAAAAUUUUGAAACCAGCAUGUUGUGCAAAAUUAUAUGUUGGGGAAUCAGUCAUGGAAUAUUUGCUUUCAGAUUUGUGUUUUUUUUUCAAAGCCACAACCUGUGUUAUAUGACGCAUUAAGAUCCAUUAGGUUUCAUAAUAGUUGAGUAUACUUUUCUGAAUAGCCAUUAUAGUGGAAAAAUAUUUCACCAAUGAAACUUCUUUAUCCUACCACAACCAAAAAAGGAUCAUUGAAUUGCAUGGAUUCAAUUCCAUCCAACAUUGCUCUGCAUCUAUUUUGCUUUAUCCUGCAAACUUCUUAAUUAGCUUCAACUCCAGAACCAAAAAUAAAUUCAAAUUUGGAUAUAUUGUAUUAUCCCUGGAAAUUGCAUCACCUUGCAUGACAUAUUCAUUGUGAUUUGAUUGAUGAAUUCUCAGACGGCUAAGAAAAGUCUAAUUCCCAAGUUUUGUUGAAGGAAUGUUGAUGGUUGUAUUUUAAGAGAACAAAAAGGUCUCAAUAAAAAUUAAUGUCUGACUUUUCAGUCAGUCUGUCUGUUUAUGUGUUUUAUGAAUGAUCAUCCUGCAGUUUUUGGAAGUGAGAAAAAACUGAGUUGUGCUUGAUGAAA